AUGUUAUUUGCAAGUCACGUCAUUGUUUUCAUGUGCUUUGUUGCAUAUGCAACAUCACAAACUUAUACGGCAGUAGGCUUGACCGAUUGCGGAUCAAAAAAUGUUCAAAUCAAUCGAUUAACAUUUUUACCCAUGCCUGUUAUUCAACCUGGUGAAGGUACACUGUCAUUUGCUGCUUCAACUACUGAAUUUAUCAAAGGUGUUAUCAAGGCUGAUUUGAAAAUCGUACGUACAGUCAGUGGUAUUAAAUUACCAAUCAGUUGCUACAUUGUCGAAGGUGAAAAAGUUGGCUCAUGUUCAUAUCCCGAUUUAUGCGCAUUAAUGAAACGUCUUGCUCCUAUGGAAAACGGAUGUCCAGCUAAUCUUCUUGAACAUAACAUCGAUUGCGAAUGUCCAGUAGAUAUCACCACAAAAAAUAUUGACAUUGAAAUUGACGUUACAAUUCCUAAAGCACCAGAAGCUGCCUCAUGGUUAAGUGUUGGUGACUUCGAUGUUAACAUUAAAGCUACCGUUGAUGAUGGUCAUUGGCCAUGGCAUAAAACGAAAUAUUUAACACGAGCGAACUGGACAUCGGCACUUAAAGCCGAUACAUCCACAUCGAAAGUUCGUCAACCUGUAUGGAUUGUUUUUUAUUACUUAACUUAUUGCGGUUUUUGCAAACUUGCUGAACCGGGUUGGGAAGCUGCUGCUCAAUAUGCGACAGGUUGGUCAAGAUAUCUCCGACUUGGCGCAUAUGAUUGUGCUAGCGAAUCAUCAUCUCAGAAUGAUAUUUGCGAAGACGAAGGUUACCCGCAGUGGCGAAUAUUUUGUCCAUUAACAAAUUCCACACAAUUAGCAUUUAAUUCAGAACGACGAAGUAGUAACACCAAACCGGAAGAUGUUUUAAUGUGGUCAAUUAAGAAACUCAAUAAAAUUGCACAUGUUUGUUACGGAAAAACAUGGCCCGUUCGUCAUGUGAUUGAACCGCAGUCAAUGGAUGAUUUGAAUCGUAUAAUUCCUCGAAACUACAAAAGUUUUCAAUUAUUCGUCUCGGACGACAUUCUUCUCUAUAGUCUCUAUGUUUUGAAUAAUUCGAAAACUGUUUACAAAGAACCAAUCUUUCGUUUGCACACGACAAAUCCAGUCAAACCAGGUGUUAGUCUUUGGAAAGGUUCAAGAAAUGAACACGGAGAAAUCACACUUGAACCAAUGGACUCAACACAAGCGAUGAAACAAUUUGUGUUAAAUGUUCAUAACAGUUCUCAUAGUGACAAAGUUGAAAAUGAGAAACCUGGCGCAUUGAAACCAACGCUGACGGAUGUCGACAGCACCGUUGUCUGGAUGGUUAAUAAAGACUUACGACGAAAGCUACCUACAUUAUUCGAAGAUGUCAAGUCCUGGCUCAAUGUCCUUCAUACGUAUUACCCAGGAAGUGACAAUAUCAAAACUUUCCUUUAUGAUUUAAUCAAUUUCAUGAAUGACCGUACGACAUUGACAAGCAAAGAAUUACAAAAUUAUAUUAAUUCUACCUCGAUUAUAAAACUACCAGAUAUCAAAUUCGAUCAUUGUAAUGGAUCCGACCCAACUAAACGUGGUUAUACCUGUGGAUUAUGGCUUCUAUUUCAUAGUAUGACAGUUAAGCAAGCUCUACUUGCCGAGGACAAUAAAUUACCAUCCAAUGCAAAACCAACCGAUGUGAUUGUUCCUAUUCGUGAAUUCGUUCGUAAAUUUUUUCUUUGCGAAGAAUGUGUGAAACAUUUCACCAACAUGACUAGCAACGCUGAACACGAAAUAUCUUCGUACAAAGAAAACGUUUUGUAUCUUUGGCGAGGUCAUAACAAGGUGAAUGAACGACUUCGUAAUGAAGAAUUAUCCAGUGAUCCAGCUUGGCCGAAAGUUCCAUUUCCAACAAAGCAGGAAUGCAAUACGUGCGUUCGUCAAGUUGAUGAGAACAACGAUGCAACGGAAUUCGAUGAAAAUGAAGUUUAUAAUUAUUUAAAAGAGUAUUACGACAUACAGAAAACAUCAUCGAAGAGUAGUACAAUUGUUCAUGAACAAUAUAGUCUUAUGAUUUUGUUAUUCUCUUUAUUGACAAUAGUGCGUUUUUAA